GUCUUUUUGGGGGGUGGUUCUGGGUUCAAACGCACUGAUGGGAACUCUCAGAUCUGCCAGGCUGAUGCUGUGGGUGAGUGCAUCGGUGAGCCGCUGUAUUGUGUUUUGAGGAUUUGGGCUUAAAUAUUCAAAAUGGCGGACGGAGGAGCAGCGAGUCAAGAUGAGAGUUCAGGACCAGAUUCUAGAAUGAGUAAUCCAUCGGAAACAAGUAAAUGUGCAAUGGAGAGCGGGGACGAAAACACUGGUGCCCAAACAAAUGGACUGGACUUUCAGAGGCAGACUGUGCAAACAACAAGCGCAAUCACCAACGCACAUGCACAGGCCUUGCUCCAACAGUUGACUUUGACUCCAGCGCAGCAGCAGUUAUUGUUGCAGCAGGCUCAGGCUCAGCUCCUGGCAGCAGCGGUGCAGCAUUCAGCCGGCCAGCAGAGUAGCACUACAGGAGCCAGCAUCUCUGCCUCCGCUGCCACCCCCAUCACCCUCUCUCAACCCAUUCAGAUCACACCUAGCUCAACACUAAGGAUUUGCUCUGGCGGUAUUUUCACCUAUCCAGGGGAUGUCUCAAGUGUUAAACAGUUACAGCAGCUGCAACAGCAGCAGAACCUCAACCUGCAGCAGUUUGUGCUGGUCCAGCCGGGCCACCCCAUCGCAACACAGCUGCAGCCCGCGCAGUUUAUCAUCUCGCAGACGCCACAGGGCCAGCAGAGUCUCCUGCAAGCCCAGAACCUUCUAACACAACUACCUCAAAGCCAAGCCAACCUCCUGCAGACCCAGCCAAGCAUCACACUUGCCACACAGCCUGCGACACCCACACGCACGAUAGCAGCGACCCCCAUCCAAUCGACACCAAAGCACAUCGACACACCCAGCCUGGAGGAGCCCAGCGACCUGGAGGAGCUAGAGCAGUUUGCCAAGACCUUCAAACAGAGACGCAUCAAACUGGGCUUCACGCAGGGGGAUGUUGGCCUUGCCAUGGGAAAACUUUAUGGAAAUGACUUCAGCCAAACCACCAUUUCUCGCUUUGAGGCCUUGAACCUGAGCUUUAAAAACAUGUGCAAACUGAAGCCUCUGCUUGAAAAAUGGCUCAAUGAUGCAGUGCGCGCUGUUUGUGCAGAGAACCAGACGUCUGACCAGGCCCUGUCCAGUCCCAGCUCUCUUGGCUCGCCUGGGCUGGGCUUGGAGGGCCUGAACCGCCGCCGCAAGAAAAGGACCAGCAUCGAGACCAACAUCAGAGUGGCCUUAGAAAAGAGCUUUCUGGAGAACCAAAAACCUACCUCUGAGGAGAUCACCAUGAUCGCAGACCAGCUCAAUAUGGAGAAAGAGGUGAUCCGAGUAUGGUUCUGUAACCGCAGACAGAAAGAGAAGAGGAUCAACCCGCCCAGCAGUGGCAGCAUCGCCAGCACCCCUAUCAAAGCAAUCUUUCCUCCCACCACAUCUCUGGCACCAAGUACAGCCAGUCUUGUGAUGUUUAAGUUUUCACCGAGUACAGCCAGUCUUGUGACCAGUAACACACCGACUACGAUGACUGUAAACCCAGUUAUGUCUCUCACCAGCACUAGUGUCUCCAAUGUCGGUUUCACUGGCACAACUAUUGGCUCAGCUACUACUAACACUGCAUCGGUCAUCUCCACUGCACCUGUGGUCACCACCGCAGCAUCCUCUCCUUCGCUCAGCCCUUCCCCCAGCACAGUGCAGACGUCCUCCGCAGAGCAGGCUUCAGCUCAGGAGACGGUGACGGCAGUAAGUCAGGCACCUUCCUCCCUGGCAUCCACUCUGGGCACUGGGCAGGUGAUGGUGGCGGCACCCAGCCUCUCGGCUGCUCUGCAAGGAGCCGCCCAGCUGCCCACGAGCGCCAGCAUCGCUGCCAUGGCUGCAGCCGCUGGCCUCAAUCCUGGGCUCAUGGCAUCCUCACAGUUCACUCCUGGCGGAGCUCUUCUUAGUUUGGCACCAGGUGGUCUCGGAAGCGCUUUGAGUCCAGCACUGAUGAGCAACAGCACCUUGGCCACAAUCCAAGGUGUGUGGAGCGCUCUGGCAUCUAGUGGCACUCUGCCCAUUACAUCUCUGGACGGGAGCGGGAACUUUCUGUUUGCCAACACCAGCGCUGGCAGUACCCCUAACCUCGUGACGGCUCCGCUCUUUCUGAACCCUCAGAACUUAUCACUGCUUGCCAGUAACCCUGUCAGCCUAGUGUCUGCGGGAGGGGCUGCGGGUGCCGGAGCCCUUAACCUGCACAUCACCGCCGAUGCCCACCAGAGCGCUGUUACUACGGCAACUAUGCCCGCCUCCACCAUCACCACAGCCUCUAAGGCCCAGUGAAAGCUUAACCCACUCCUCUCCUCUUCUAGACCCCUUUCUUUAAUCUCUUGCUACCACCAAAAACAAACCCACUAAAAAGGAUUUAAUGUUGUUUUAACGUUAUUUUAAUGUUUAAGUUUGUAUGUUAUAACAUUACACAUAUCUUUUACACAUUAAUCCACAAUGUUUGGACCUCAUUGACGGUUUGACUUCAAACAAAUCAACAAUAAGCGAAUGUUGGCGUCACCACAGAGCUUGCAUCAGGAGAGCAGAAAUCUCCCUGGACAUUGUGCCAAGUCUCUGUGUGAUGCAAAAGCAUAUUCGUUUCCGCGAACUCACUCUUUCUCCCAUUUUCACGUGAUACCUCUUCUUCAGAGGUACUUCUGAAAUGCUUUUAACCAAAAAACUUUGUUUACUCUGUGUUGAAUGAUACCUUCUUACUGCUGACAGUAACCUCCUUUUCUUCACCGUAGAAAAAGGACACCUUAUGUUCUUCUGUCUAUGAUCUCUUCUCUUUCCACUGGAGAUCUUGCUUUACAUAUGUUCCUGUCCUCCUGGAACAUCUCCUUUUAGAUGCACAUCGUUUAUUUUUGUCAAACAGUGGGUUAGCUUUAUGUCCUAUAUCUUACUUACUUGUGGUUACAAGGCUUUAAAUGGAGUAAUAAGCGGCUGUGAUGCGGUUUCAAUGCUUUAAGGAAUCGUUUGACUGGCCUUUCUUUCUAGUGAAACACUUUCAAAUAUUGUUUUCGUAUAAGUUCGUAGAUUACUCAGUAGCAGAAGACUAGUCUGGGUCUGAAUCCUGACCCAGUCACGGGCUCACUUAAUACUUAAAAGCUUUAACGAAUUAUGAGAUGAUUCGUCAAGGAGGAGUUGUUCAGCGUGGGCAACAGUGACUGAGCAGUACCGUCUACUUUGAAGCUUCAGUAACUGAGAGCUUCGCAACUCUUGCGUUAGCAUCAGGAUGGUAAACCCUCCUCGAGGUCUUCCUAACAUGGGAUGUACUUUUGGUAUCGCCACCUGAUUGUGAAGGUGUAGGUCAAGCGAGAUAAAGUUGAGGUGGAUGAUAUUCAAGGUUGUUUUUGUUUUUUUUAGGGUCUUUGAUUUUCUACUUGUGCACAGUAUCUGUACCAAAAAACUGGAUUUGAGAACUGCAGUCUGCUCGGUUUUUAGCAGAACUUCUGUCACGCUUUAAGAGGUCUUUAUUUCAGAGGUCUUUGUAUUGCCUCUAUUUCAAGAUAUACCAAAAAUCUUUGUUAUACCUGUUGCUGUAUAUUGCUACUGUAGCGUAGUUUAAGCCUAAAUAUUUAUGAGCAAAGGCUCUCGGUAGACCACAGGAAAUAUAAUGCAAUAUUUUGAUCUUUUCCAAAGACAAAAACAGUUCUUUUUCUUUCUUUUAUUUGAGAUGGCUGUCCCUCCUCAAUUUUGUAGUGUCAGUGCAACUAACCAAAUAGAUCAGUCGAGAGUAGGAUGUGAUACUACAGCAAAGUACCGGUUUGAGGUUUGGGAUUGUACCUUCUGUUAGUCAUUAAUGAGGACUUUGAGUGAGAAAUGGGGGGAGUUUUCUUCCCAUUCUGUUCAGAUAAUUGAAAAUUGUAAACGUGCGUGUGUUGGAAGUAAUGCAAGUGUGUUCUUACCUGACAGGCUUUUUGAAUAUUUCCCUUUUUUUGUAGUUACAAGGUGCAGAUUAAGUCCUCUGUAAUCUGAAAUCAGGGCUGUCUCUAAAAUUCACAGGGACUUCUCGUUCCCCCAGGCCCAGUGCGCUGGCUAUACAAUAGAGCAGUGGUUUUCAAACCUGGUCCUGGGGACCCACUGCUCUGCACAUUUUGAAUGUCUUUCUCAUCGGACACAAUCAGUUGAGUUUAGGGAUGCACCGAAAUGAAAAUGGCACCAAAAAUGCUUUUUAAAAAUUGUUUAUAUUUUAUUUUAAAUUAGUUUUUUUUUUGUAUAAUAUUAGUAUUAAUAUGAGACUUUUUAAGGAAAUUCAAUAAUUUUAAUUUACUGAAUAUAAAAAAAAAAACAAGCCAAUAAAAAAAUCACAUUUUUGAAAAUAACACUAAAAUUAGACAAAAAAAUAUAUUAUUAAAUAUCAAUAUAUUAUCCUUUAUUCAGUUCUAUGCAACAGAUUUAACAUUUAGUUUUUGACCAAUUGUUCAAAUAAUGUAUAGUCCUACAAAAAGCAAAGUAUGUGAGCAGUGCAUAACAGUGAGCGGAUCAGUGAACGAGAGGGUAGCGUUAUUUUUCCAGCGAGGCUAUACCACACCAUGUUACAGCACAUUAGGGCUAUUGAAAACAGAAACGAGUAUACUACUACAUAGAAAUGUCAUGUUGGCGCAUUAUUUGAAUGGACUUUGCUUUUCAGAUGAGCAUGAGUGGUACAUGAGUGGACGUCACACUGUGCAGUUAUAACGGCUAGAGCGAGAAUGAAAUCUGAGUGCUGAACACUGAGGGAUGGGGCGGCAUAUAUUUUUGGCUCAUAUUUUCAGCCGUUUUUCCUCUUUCAGUCAAAAACCGAAAAUGCCAUUUUUGCCACCCCUAGUUGAGUUCAUGGAGCUCUGCUAAAUAAGGGAGAUGUACAAAAUGUGCAGAGCUGUGGCUCUCCAGGACUAGGAUUGAAAACCAUUGAUGGUUCCCAAUCCUGGUCCUGGAGUACCCUCAGCACUUCACAUUUUAGAUAUCUCCCUAAUCAAACAACUUAUCAGCUUGAUUCAACUUAUCAGCUUCUUAGUAAAGACUCCAAGACCAGAAAUGGGUGUGUCAAAUAAGAGAGACAUCAAAAAUGUGCAGAGUUGGGGGGUUCUCCAGGCUCCGGGUUGGCAACCACAGCCAUAUAGGACAGCACUGGGCCUGAAAUAUCCAUUAUAAAAGGGGCGAGAACGUAAUUAGGGGGUUUAGCCGGAUGGUCUCUUUUGUUUUUCCCUACCAAUGUAAUGCAGCCAUGAUGUAAAGCUUGAACCAAAGUCGAUUUCUCACUAGCUGCUGUGCCUGUGUGGGCCAGUGCAAUGCUGACCACACUUUCACUACUCACUACUGACAAACUUUACCAUCUAUGACAUUUCUUUUAAACCCUAUUCUAUCAACUUGCAUUGACCAAGAAAUCGUGUUCGGCUUUAUGAAGAAAUAUAGCCUCUUUAGCGCAGCGCUAACUUGCUUUAGCUCUCGAUAUCAAAGCAUUUAACGAUCCAAAGAGAAUCUUAAGGGCCUUGUGUUUAAGUGCUGUUGAGAUUUUGGGAGUCUGUGUCCUUCAUUUCAUUCACCUACCUUGUGAGUCUUUGUUUUGGAUGUGAUCUCAACACAGAUAAUGUGUUUCAACGAAUGAAUAGCAAUAGAAAUAUCAAGAGUCCACCAAAAUCCAGAAAAACCUGUGGAAGUGCAAAAAGGCUCUGAAAUUGCUCCAUGGGACAAGAAGGUUGAUUUUUUUUUUUUUUUUUUUUUUUUUUUUUUUUUUUUUAUUAUUAUUAUUAUUUCAUUGGUACAUUGUCUAGACUUGGAUUUUUUUUUUCUUAAAUAACCAAUAGAUACAGGCAUUCUGGGAGAAUUACAGUAGUAUUACUGUAGCAUUGCUGAGUUCUGUCACAAAGAGGUCAGAGGUAUCCCCUUAUUGUCCCUUUUGUCAUUUGUUACUGUGUCCCUUUGUCUUUUUUUUUUUAUGAUUCUUUUUGUUAGCAUUGCUAGUUGUUUUAUUGUAAUAUAAUUUGAAAUACCUCAGCAGCACUUACAUAAAAGGUUCACUUUAGGCAAAAGACACCAGUAGUCAACUCCAGAAUGUACAAAAGCUGUUUCUAACAGUCAAUUUUUCAAACAACCAACGUGUAAAACAAAACUACAAAGUAUAACAGGAAAUUCUGUAAUAAUAAUGUCACAUAAGUCUACUACUGCUAUUUCAAGUACUACUACUUAAAAGGGUUUGUCCAGGUUAACUUGUAAUGAAUAUUUUGUUAUCCUACUUGCCAAAGUAAAAAAAAAAAGCCUUUGUCUUUGCGGCUGGGUCUUGUUGCUGCUCAUUCCGCUGGUUCUGUCCGGAAAUUUCAACGUAGCCUCUCUGGAUAUGUAGAUUUAUGUGUUGUUUUGCGCAUUAGUGUCAUGACCCGGUGGUCGCCGGGACUGUGGGGAGUUACUGAUAUAUUUAUCUGAGGAAUGACUCAAGAUUAGAGAACUUCUUUUCUAAAUUCUAUAUAUAUUCACUUAUGUAAGAUGCUCCAUAUUUUAUAUUUGAACUAAUAUCUAGUUUGAAUGUAGUGUUUUUGUCAUGCUUAUUCACUAAAAGGAAAAAAACAAAAACAAAAAAUUAUUUCAUUUAUAUUAUAGCUAUUCUUAAAAAAAAAAAAAAAAGUCAAGACCAAAAAUCGCAACCACACCCUUGUGAUGUGGGAGUGGCUGCCCACAUUAACAUGUUGUUUAUUUGAGUGGGAGGGGCUUGUGAUGGUGCUCUACAACAAAGCCCCCAGCUUUAGUUGACGUAACAGACUUGAUAGCACCAAAUUACUCUUAAUUUUAUUUUUUAAAUUUGGUUGUUUUCACUUUUUAUGUUUUUCAUUUGCCAUGUUGCUUUUUAACAAUCUUUAACAAUCAUUUGAAUUUACUUACUUUAUGCCUUUUUUGUAUAUCAUGAGGGAGCAACGUCACUGGCUUUCUUAGUUUGACAAACUUGUGUUUAUCAUUUAUGCCUUACUAUUAUUUGAGAGUUUGACACAUUGUAGCAAACUGUAAUAUGCUGAUGUGAGAGAUGAUUUUGUUUGGUUGUGAAUUUGUGUGUGCGCACGUGUGAACGAUGAUGCAACAGAGCAUGCACCAAUGUCAAAACUCACACGGUGCAUAUCAACCAUGAAAAUAACGCUGUGAGUUUUAUUUGUGUUUUGUGAUAUUUUGGAAGUGUUGCUACCUAUUAUGUAGGUAUAAUUCAAGGAGGUUGGAUACCUGUUAAAAGCUUUACUAAUAACUCAACUCCAGCUGAUAUGUAGGGGGCGCUAGUGGUGCAUUACUUUAAAAGAUGAUACUUUAGAGAGGUUCUUUCUGACUUCAUAUCUCAAAAAUGUGUAUUUUUAGCGAGACUCGUUUGUCGGAAAUACAGGAUUUUUUUUUGUUUAAGUGGAUAUAAAGAAGCAUCAUACAUCAUUUGAUGCAACUGACCACUUGGCUGUAAAUGAUAUCCUUUCGAACCUGUGUGCACAUGAGAUGUUUCAGAUGUGAUUUAUCUAAGGAUGUUGAACCUGGCAACAGCUCUAUACAUUUGAAGCUGUUGCAGAUCCUGAUUUUGGCACUUGAUUUUGGCGUGUGUGGAUGCUCUGACUUGUGAUUGGAUAGUUUCUUGAUUGUAGCAGGGUUUGCCACUGUAGACCCUCAGUCUAGUGACAAAAUAGGAUAGUUUCAGAAGAGGUCAUGCACCAGAGAGCCGAGCGAGAGCUGAUCUGAGUAAAGGAGCUGUUGUAUACCUCAUUUAUAACUCGAAACUGAGUAAAAACUUGCUUUAAUCUACUUCAAAAGAUGAAAUAAAAAAAUAAAAUAAAAAAAGAUGUGUCCCAUAACAGAAGCCUGCAGAUGUCUGUUUUUAAGUUUGGAGCGAGGAACCAGAUGGAUACCCAGAAGGCUGCAUGCAUAUAGGAAGCCCAUCCCACUUAUUUAUAUUUUACUUUUAUACAAAUUUAAGUUCACGUUAUAGUUCCUUAUUCAUUUUAUACCAAAGCUUUUUUUUUUUAUGAUUUGACAAUCGUCGUCUUAUGAAACCCCAACAAUUAUUCGCAGGGUGUGCGCUGUUUGUUCUGGGUUUGCGGUCUGCUUGUUCCUCACCUUCUCAGUGGUAACCAAAGACUUUUAAAGUGAUUGUAUGGACUAAACUCUCUCUCUCUCCUAGUGCCCUGCCUCAACCAUUAGCUUGGGGUUUGAGAUCGUCGGUCACGCAUGUGGCCGAGUGGCUGGGGUUUAGUAGAAAGAGGAAGAAAAACAGCUCUGACGGCUUCUGGAAAGGACUUAAAGUAACCCCUCACGGGCUGGGUGAUGUUUAUUAAUAUAUACGCUGAAGGAUGUCCUGGGCUCACUGCAACUUGCUCAGGAUAAACUGUCCUCUGGAGUUCCACUCUGUGGCUGCAGCAAGGCAAAACUGUUUCUAUGAUUGUCUACAGAAAACAUGCAACGCCUCUCCAUAGUCGUCUUUUAGGUGCCGUCGUCCCGUGGUUUCACUGUUCUGUCGAUGUCUUUAUCUAGCUUUGCUGUUUCCACUCUCAUGAUUUCAAUUGGUUUGAUCAGCUUUGCAACUAUGCAUCGUUGUCCUCCAUCCUGCAAGGGCGGCGUCUGUGUGACACGGCCCUUUUCAGAUGGAUUUUGAUAGUUUUAUUGCAAGUGGAGGGUCGAAAGCAACUAUAAGCUCUAUCCCAAAGCAAAAAUAUCCAAAUAUGAAAUGUUUUACAAAUGCAGAUACCAAAGAUUACUCUGUUCUUUUUCCUCUUCCUUCCCAAACCCUUCAGCUUGUGUAUUAAGAAACAGAACCCAGCUCUGACAGUAGUCCUAACCUCAGUAAUUCCAAAGCUUAGAUGUAUAUUUUGGUAUUUUUCUGAGAUGCUUAUGGGGAAAAAAAGUUUGUCGUUUUUAAUUUUCUUGUUCGUUGGAUCUGUUGCUCUUUUUCUGUCACAGCAUGGAAUUUAACUGCAAAACUGUCUUACUGUAGGUUAAAGAAAUAGUAUUUUUGUAUGUUUUUGGAUGUAUCAAUGUAUGUGAUAUCAGUUUCACUGCCCAACUUAUCAUUGUUUUUAAAACAAAAGACAGGAAAAAAAAAAAGGUUAGGUAAAAAAAAAGGAAAAAAAAAAGACUGUAAAUAAUACUUUACUCAUUGAUUUCAAAAGAAAUCCCUCUCUGUACUCUCAUUUCCAUAUUUCCGACGGCUAAAGCUCAAGGAAUGUGUUCCAUUUUUUUCACCCUGUCUCAUACUGUAGAUUGUACUUCUAUAUCUCCUUCAGAACGCUGUAACUCACUGUUGUAAUAGUGAUGAUUGGUUGGGUUCUGAGUAUCACUACAGACCUGAACUCUAGUGCCACUCGUGGCCUGCUAUCAAGCGAACAUACACCCAAGACUGAACGCUAAAUGGCUACAUCGCUGUAGCUUAGAACUGAAUGAUUGUGUAGAAUAUAAGUAUGUGAAUCAGGAUACAUGGUAGAUUUGAUGCAUUUGUCUGCUGUAUUUUGUUUGUUUUUUAUAUAUAUAUAAAGAUAAUCUUUUACUGUAACUGUACAGUUCUCUUUUGUUGUAAACAUCAUUAAACCAUUUUCCAAGUGUUUUAAUAUUC